UGAAGUGCAAUUCCAAGAAGCUGUUUCAUUCUUUGCUCAGCUUAUGACAUCUGAACUACAAAUAGUAUAUCAUGACAAAACGUGAGGUUUUCCUAAAGGCUGUAUGUAAGGAUUCCAUUAAAGAGUUUUUGCAUUUCAUCCAGCUUCACGAGGAUGCAUCAGAUCCCUUUGAUCUAUGUGAACUGGUUCAAGAGCUAUCAAGAAAGCAAAAGGAGAUAUUGUGGAAUAGAUUAAAGAGCUUGUUAUCAAAGGUUUUGCUAGAUAAUCCCGUAGAAGAAUGGCAAAGAAUGAAGGAUGACAGCAUGGAAACUGAAAAAAAUGCAGCACAGCAAACUACAGCUGUGAUUCAAGGUGUAACAACUGUACUCACUGCAUCCAUUCCUACAUUAAAUGAAAAUAUUGACAUCAAAGCUCUUUUAGAAUGUGCUGUGAUAUUAAAUGGCAUCCUUCCUGUACUACCGGAUUCUGAAACAUCUCUGUCGGGAGCCAUUCAAUACCUUUUGCAAUGCUGGUGGAAUAAGGGAUUAGAAGGAAAAGAACAGCUUGGCAAAACUGCUUUUUUGAUGUUUCUGAAGAAGAGUCUAGAGAAGAAAACCAUUGUGGGGUCACAUAUAACCUGCCUAUGUCACCUUCAACUGGUUCUGCAGUGUUUUGAUUAUGACUCAGAAGAGAGUAAUGAAGUUAAAGAUUUGUUACUUCACUGCUUUAUGAGCCCAGGCUACAUUAAAAGAGAAGAGGGGAGAAGAUUCUUGAGCUUUCUUUUCACAUGGAAUGUAAAUUUCAUUAAAUUGAUACAUGGGACUAUUAAAAAUCAACUCCUGUGUUUUCCUAGGUCCCAGAUGAACCAUGUUGCUGAGGUUUACUUCAGAGCCUGGAAGAAAAGUUCAGGGGAAAUACUAGAGGUAAUUGAAUAUAGCUGCAUUCAGGAUUUCAUGCAUCAUGCAGUUCAUCUUCCCCGGAAAUCCCCCCUACAUGCUAAAGUGCGAGAGAUACUGAGCUAUUUCCACAAACAAAAUAAACGUCGCGAAGGAGUCGAAGAAGUUCUUUAUAGGCUUUAUCAACCUGUUCUUUGGAGAGCUUUGAAGGCCAGGAAUCCUGAGAUCCGUUCAAAUGCAGCACUACUUUUUAGUGAUGCAUUCCCUAUUCUGGAUCCCAGGUUUAACAGAGAAGAUUUGCAAAAGGAAAUCCAGAGGCAAUUUGAUGAACUUUUUAUUCUUUUAGACGAUCCUCAACCUUUAAUCCGUUCAACAGGAGUACUUGCAGUUAGUAAAGUAACGUAUAGAUAUUGGGAGAUGAUUCCGGAAGUGAUGCUUGCUCAGCUUCUGCAAACUUUGAUUGAAGAUCUUGCUUUUGAUGCAAGUUCUGCCGAUGUCCGAUGUGCCGUUUUUAAAUGCUUGCCUAUAAUUUUGGACAAUAUACUGAGUCACCCAUUACUGGAACAGCUUCUGCCAAUCCUGAAAUACAAUCUCCAUGACAAUUCAGAGAAAGUUAGGGUGGCAUACGUUGAUAUGUUGCUGAAAAUUAAGGCCACGAAGGCUGCAAAGUUUUGGAAAAUUUGUCCUGUACAGCACCUCUUAACUCGCCUUGAGAUUGAUUCACGGCCUGUGUCACGGCGGCUAGUAAAUCUUCUGAUCAACUCAUUCUUGCCCAUCAGUCAACCAGAAGUGUGGUGUGAACGUUGUGUGACACUCAUCCAAAUGAAUGCAUCUGCAGCUAGAACAUUCUAUCAAUACGCUCACGAAUAUGCUAGUCCAACCAAUAUAGCUAAACUUAUGCUUGCCAUUCGGAAUUGUUUGAACAAGUGUAUCCAACAGCAAUUAAAGGAAUCCGAGAGUGGAGAUGAGCACAGUGAGAAAGAAAACAUGAGCGUAACAGAUAACUUAUUUUCGGUUGAUGACAUACGUUCCAUGGCCGGCUUGCUUGAAAUUAUUGUAAUUCUCUGGAGGAGUAUUCAGAAACCACUUGAUGGCAAUAAAGAAGCAAAAAAUCGCAUUGUUGAAAAGUUUGCUUCUGUGCUACCAACAUAUUUUAAAAUAUUUAAGGAUGAUCGUUGUGUGUCUCCAAUAAUUAUUCUGGCAUCUUUCAUCCCACCUACUGCUAUUCCUACAUUCAGUUAUGGUGUGAUUUCAAAGCUGAAGAAAAUGGAAAACGGCGUGAUUGAAAAGAAGUAUUCUAUCCUGCUUGACUGUCUGUGUCGAUGGGGAAAAUUAGGAGAUAUCCUUGAAUUAAUCUGUGAUUGGAUCACGGCUGAGUCAAGGAAUAGAGAGACUAAUAAGACUCAACGGCGAGUACAAAUCCAAGAAACAGUUGAGUCCAAACCGGAACUGGCCCUUGAUUAUUUUGAAUAUUUACUGACUCAUUCUAUGAACCGACACUGCCUUUUGUCCCUCUCCAGAGAAAAAUUGAAUGAGCUUCUGAACGUUCUUGAAUGCGGAAAGGAUGCGCUAGAUUCUUAUAUUCGAGAGGGCAGCCCAGAAUAUUGUGGUUUUUAUCAAGCAACGGCAGUGAGAGCCCUUAGCCUUUACUGUAGAUUCAGUAUACAUCUUUUACAUCAGUUUGUCUCUGAAAAACAGAAUUAUCUGUCAGCUUUGGAAAAGAUAGGGACCUGGAUAGAAAACAGCAUUCUGCCUCAUUUUUUGUUAGAGGAAGAAGAGGGUUAUUUGAAGCCAUCCAGUGAAAUCUCUCAACUGGUGAUUCAGACUUACCUAGCAGUAUGCAAAGAUCUUAUAGCUGUUGGACUUGGUGAUUUCGAAUUUCAAGCUAGUUUUCUGAACUUGGCAUCUAGGAUCAUAUACAGAAGAAAAGGCUACGUUUUAACUCCAAUGUUGCUUUCUAUCCUGAGAGAGAUUGUUAAAGCUUCCUUAGCCUGUGACAUCGUCAACACUGAUUGUAUGACAGAACUUCUAAAUAAUGUUCAGAAAAUGUUCCAGAAAAUUCUAGAGUCUAUGGCGGUUAGGCUCAGAAGUCGAGAAGAAGAAGGGAUCCAGUUAAUUCACUCGGCUCAAGAGCAUCUUGGAGAAAUUGUACACGUAGUCCAGUCCUGCGUGUUGAUUUUUCCAGUGGUUUAUCAAGGAAUUAUUUCUUCUCUUUUGGCCGCAGUAGUGGUUGAGAUAAAUUACAGCUUGAAAAAAAAGGUAUCACAUGCAGAAGAACUAAUAAAACCUAAAACAUUCUUAGAUCUCCCACCACUUUCAAGUGUUUUAAUGACGAUUGUGAAUAAAUCAGGAAAUGUGCUUAGGUCUUUUCUGAAUGAAUUAUUGGAAUACAUUGAAUCUGAAGAAUGUGAAGGAAUUAUUAGCCUUACCACUAGUGUGUACAUUAUUGCUUUAAUUAAAGGUAAUCAAAAACCUUCCUAUAUAAAGGCCAUUGCAGCUAUUCUUCAGAAAAAAAUAACAAUGUACAGCGAAAUUACCAAGGAAGACCUGGAAAGACUGCUCUGUAAAGCUGCUUUGGGCAUUGUGAAUGAAAUGCUAGGUCCUAGAUCAUAGAAACAAGAGAAUGGGAA